UGACUGUGCUUCAAGAUGGCUUUCCCCUCUAUUUUUGAACAGUUAUCUCCACAUUUUGGCUUUCUUUCUCCAGGCUAUGCUAAAAAGAAAUCAUGUCCUGUGGAUCCAGAUGAAGAUUGCAUGAGAUGUGGACCUGAGCAAUACCUGAACGAAUCCCCAAAGCCACGAUGUGAUGCUUGUGUCUUAUGCACCAAAGAAUCUGACCUUGUGGAGAAGGCUCCCUGCUCCUUCAAUUCCAGCCGUGUGUGUGAGUGCCGACCCGGGAUGUUUUGCCAGACUGCUGCUAAGUACACCUGCAUGAGAUGCCAGCAGCACACUGCUUGCAAGCCCGGUUUUGGAGUCAAAAUCAGAGGCACCUCAAAGACUGAUGUUUCAUGUGAAGAAUGCCCUCCUGGGACCUUCUCCGACCAAAGCUCCAGCACUGACAUCUGCAAACCCCACACGGACUGUGCCAAGUUGAACAAAGUAGCGCAAGGCAAAGGAAAUGCCACCCAUGAUCAGGUUUGCAUGGACCAAUUGCCCUCCUACCUCACCCCAGACACUUCCUCCAUCAGAACCGGCAAUGAAACAAAUGACUCUGACGUACUGAAGCUUCCGGCAAACCUGGUGACCCUUGCUAGUGUCCUUUCAAGUGCCACAACCAAAAUUCCCAGUUCAACUCCCGAGGAGAAAGCUCUGGCUAGCACUUCUCCCACCUCAGCCAAGGGAGAGACAACAACAAGAGGUCUUGUUUUCUGGGGAGUGGUUCUCUCUGCGAUGGUGCUACCUGUGGGCAUGCUGUCAUUUUGGCAAUGGAAGGCCUGCAAGAAACGGAUCCUCAUCCUCAAGCAAAAACGUUCUGAUCUAGUGGACAAAUAUGCAAAGAUCACACUGACCACUGACAAAUGUCCAGAAGAGGAGGAGUUAACUGAUAGAACCCUCCCUUUGGAAACCAACAACAACUUGAUCUCCGGUGCUGAAAAAGCAGGUAAUCCUGUUCUGAGUCUGACUGAAGUGAUGCAGAGCAAUGGAAAAGCCCCAGACUGCCCCAUUGAUUCUCAAGUGAGAGACCACACAAAUAAUCAAAUUGGAAAAAUAUUCAUCAUGAACGCCGAUACUGUUAUCGUGGGGUCUUCAAAAACGCCUGGUAUCAAAAACUGUACUGCUAGGGGAUAUGAAAGUGAUGUUGAUAUCCAGGAAAAGAUAGAAGAGGAACUGCCAAUGCACUAUCCAGAGCAGGAGACAGAGGUCUUUUCAGGGAAUGAUGUCAUGAUUCCUGUGGAAGAGGAAGGAAAGGAAUUCCAUCACCCCACCACAGCCACUGAAAAGUGAUGGCCAGCUGAGAAGGUGUGUGAAGCUACAAAAACAUCCAGCGUGACACUAAGCCUGAAUCUACAUUGAGGGAGGUAAAACCAGAAUGUCUUACACAACCUGAAAACUAAAGCGCCAAAAACAUUCCACUUAUUUCAUCCAACUAAUGAGAGGAUCAUCCAAACCACUGGUUGACAUCAAAUACUUCCUCUUUUCCUUGCUCUCCCCAGUAUCAUGCUGGAAACAAACUGGAAUCAAGGUGACAGAAUUCAGAGGACUUCUGGAUGCGAACUCCAGUUUCACAGUUUGCUUUCUCUGCAUGAAGGGAUGGAAUUAAAAUGGUUACCCCUAUUAGCUCUGAAAAUUCUGGAUGGAAUUCUGAGUUAAUCUUGAGACCCAGCCAUGUUUCGCAUUUGUUCUCCAUUGUACUUUAGGCCAAUCCUUCUAUUUGUUUUUAAGCCUGAUUCACUUUUCUUCAAUUGUUGAGAUCCCUUCUCAAGCCAUUCUAUAAUUCUAUGGUUAUGAAAUCAUUCCUAAGUGCAGAAAACAUCCUCUUCUGAUUGAAGUCAGACUGGCUGAAUGUUUGGAUGCUGAAUGAACUAUGGGUGAAGGGCUGUGCCAACAGGGAAAAGAACUGGGUUUCUAACAAAAACAAAACACAAACAAAAAACAGACACAGCAAUUAUUUCCUUGAACGUUAAUAUCUGCUCGUUUUAGAAUUGUUCGUAUUCAUCACAGUGACACUGAUUUGCAUGUCUGUUCCUCAACAAUAAUUCUGUUUGGUUUUGUGGUCAGCUGCCCCGUGCUACGCAGUUUCAGGUCUUUUAAUGCUGCAUGUUUGAUAACUGUAAAUGCUGUGGUGCUGACCAUGUUUUUGUGCAGGAGCACGGAAAAUGAACAGGGUGACAAAGUGUGCCUUAAGAGUCAGGAAAAAAAGGAACCACAAAAAGAAUUUCUUUGUAGUUUUAUCCUGGGCAGAGGACUGUGAAAACAGCAGUGCAACUUCAGGGUCUUGUCUGAGAGCCAACAAAAGGAAUAGAGAAGCACAAAAUCACCUCCUUAGGCCAGGCUCACCUAAGUGCAAGUUGCCUAAUAUUUUAUCUUUGUGCUAUUUAGGGAGAGCACAUCAGUGCAGUUAAUAUCUGCUCUUGUCAUUCCUCCUACUUCUGCAGCAUCAGCUGGAACUGGACUGAGAACACUGAAGUUUGUCUCAGCCUUUAGUGCUCUUGUUGCCAAUGCUUGGUGUUUUCAUCUCUUUUGAGUUUUCUGGUAUAAUCUUCCUCCACAACCACCCCGUGACAGCAGAUUACAGACAGUUACCUCUCAUGUAUAAAGGAGUACUUAGAUACUGCUUUUAAGCUGACUUCUGACUGACUGCACUGAGUGCCAUUAGUUCCUGUGUUACAGAAUGUAAUGCAGUGCUGAGUUGCCUCAAUGAUUCUUGCCUGUAUCCUCCCCAGCAUCCAAGCCUGCAUUCCUACCAUUUCAUAUUUCUUAUCUAAGUCACUUCAUUGCAUUGGUCAUUUUAGUUGGGCUCAAACUUAUCUUCUCUAACCUCACUGUGUUCUGCUGGAGAUCUGGAGACAUGAACCACACGUUUAAGAAGAGGAGAUAUAUAUAUGUUGUUGUUCAUAGAAUCGUAGAAUGCCCUGGGUUGAAAAGGACCUCAAAGACCAUCUAGUUUCAAAUCCUCUGCCAUGGGCAGGGUCACCAACCACCAGACCAGGCUGCCCAGAGUUGUUGUCCUUGCACAAGUGACUUCAGAAGACCAUCCAAGACAGGGGAGGAUAGGAUAAGGGGGAAUGGUUCUAAAGUCAAAAGAGAUAGAAGAUUUAGGUUGGAUAUUAGGAUGAAACUCUUUACUCAGAGGGCAGUGAGGCCCUGGCAUUGCUGCCCAGAGAUGUUCCAUCCCUGGAGGUGCCCAGGAUCAUGGAUGGGGCCCUGGGCAGCCUGAGUUGGUGGUGGGAUCUGAAACUCUGUGAUCUUU